GUUGAUGGACAACAAGUAAGGCAGACAGAGAGGCCGACCGGUAUGGUCUAAGCCUCGCCACAGGCGGAUUGGACAGUGAAGCUGAAGACGUGCCGAAUGGAGGCCAAAUAGUCACGAGGGUUCGCAUUCGUCGCGCAAGCAUCAUCUUCUAGUUCAAGGUCGCGGUCAACAUUCAUAAUUAAUUCACAACCACCCGUAGCCUGACGAGGUCGUACUUCGGUACGGAUUCGCCUGGGAAUCCCACGCAAAAUGGCUGAAGAAAAGCGCCCCCUUGACAGAUCGCCAUACUAUGUGACCCAUUCAGAACAUCUUGACCGUGUGCUCAGUAGGCCUCAACUGGCAGGCAUUGGUAUAUCCGGUUGCAUAGGUGGAGGAAUCUUCAUUACGUCCGGGGCACUGAUCGCUACCACUGGAUCUUUAGGGGCUGCUAUUAGCUAUCUAGUCGCAGGUGGUAUUGUUGCUUGCGUCAUGUACACUAUUACUGAGAUGGUUGCAUGUCGACCGUUGACCGGAGCUCUGAUUGAUCUACCUCACACAUUCCUAGACCCAGCCUGCGGUUUCGCUAUCGCAUCUAUGUACGGGCUAGGCAAGAUUUGUGCGAUGGCUACUCUUACAGCGAGUUCGGCGGAGCUGACUGCGCUUCUGAAGAGCGACCCAAAACCGCAUUCUGCUGGUGCUGAGGCAGCUAUAAAUAUAGCGUUCAUAGCCCUGACUACCCUUUCCCAUUGCCUCGGCGUCAAGCUGUAUGGCAAGAUCGAACGAGUCGUCAUGUGGUUCAAACUGAGCUUGCUAGUCCUUGUGUGUGUAAUGGGCGUGGUCUUGAACUUCUCCGGCGGCGGCCCGAGACAAGGAGAAUACUAUUCGAAUUAUACAACAUUCGGAUUUCCAUCAGACUGGAAGCCUAUUGGCCACAACAGUACCACUCCUGUCCCUCUCAAAAUGGCGGGCGUUUCCGACGAAGCUUUCGGCAUAUCCGGCCCCGGAGGCACACUGUUCGCUCUCAUUACUUCAAUAGUUUUAGCCAUGUUUUCUUGCUUUGGAGCAGACCUGGUCGCCAUGACAGUCGGUGAAGCAAAGAAUCCUUGGAGAGACGUACCCAUCACCAUGUCUUUCGUCUACAUCGUUCCGCUCAGCAUAUACCCGUUCGCGAUGCUAGCUGCUGGAGCAAACGUCAACUAUGCAGACCCGCAGCUUCCGAAGAUAUGGGCGAGAGGCGGCUAUGCUACGAAGUCAGCGUUCGUGAUAGCGGCCGAAGAGUCUUCUCUCCAUGCACUACCCAAAGUUCUGAACGGACUCUUCAUUCUAUCGGCAUACACUACAGCCAACACCGAUCUCUACGCCGCAUCUCGUAGCGUGUUCAUGCUUUCACAACAGUACCUUCCAAGAAACGUCGCAAAGGUCUUUGGUCGGACUAACAAUGGACACACACCUUUGGCGGCCAUCUUGCUUUGCUCGGCACUCGGGUUCUUAUCUCUGAUAGGCUUGGCCGACAAGACUGGCUCACAGCCGCGCAUCACACUCUCCGAACUGUACACAGGCACUGCGGCAUGCAUCUACCUCACUCUGUGCAUCACUUUCCUGCGCUUCAAAGCCGGUCUUGACCGAUUAGCGCGGCGGCAGAUCUUCGGUCGCAACCAUCCACUCUACAUAUCACGCCUGUUCAAGUCUCGAUGGCAACCACUGCCUGCAUAUAUCGGGAUUUUCGGAAGCGCCUUCGUUCUUGUAUGGUCUGGCGUUCCGCCACUAGUCAUUCUCGUUGCGAAGGGCAGCCUCACUUCCACAGACAACCUGAAGUCUACCAUCAGUCUCGCUUUCGACGUUCUUGGAGCAUACAUCGGCCCCUUCUUGUUCGCAUCUCUGUACAUUUCAUACAAGUACAUAUAUCCCCGAACAUCCGAAGUUGACCUCCGCAACCUUACGGUAGAAGACUACGUCCUGGAAGAUCUAUCUAGCAUCGAGCUCGAAGGCCCAGUCUCCGAACCUCCAGUGCCGCGACAUCGGUUUGGUUCGUACGAGAUGGACGCCCAGCAUGACGGCAUUGUGAGUCCUACGAGCACCUUUGAAGACCCAUUCAAGCAGGAGCAGGUGCAUCUUAGUGUAAGCAUGGAUCCCAUGAUGCAGGAGGAGAUGGAAGCGGAGGCUUCGAGAAAUAACGAAAGAGCGCGGAUAGAGCAGAUUUUGGAGAGAAGACCAGCGCGAUUAGCACGCGGUGUGUGGCGAGAGAUCUGGAGCUUUGUAAUUACGGAUAAGGACUAAGUGCAGGUAAACAGGCCUAGCUAGUGCGUACAUCGACUCUCUUGGACAUCUAGAACUCUGAUGUAACAAUGUGAACCUAUCUUCGAAUUGGCCUAGCUUAGACGAAGUCAGUACCUGUCACGAUGGCACUCAUGGCGCCGUUCGGCCCUAUUCCACAACGGCAGUCGUAUUUCGAUGUCGGAAUGUGGAGUGCCCAAGUGCGGACAUGGUUUUGCGAUGGAGCGCGGCCGUCGGGAGAACUCGGGGUUGAAUCACGUGUCGGGUGUCGGACAUUGUGGAGCGACGAGAUGCACCGAACAGCGAACAUGGCUAGCAUCGGCAAGAAAAUGGAUAUUUCAUGUGUUUAA